AGUUAUUAUUGACGUUUAUAAUAAUUUUUAGUUGUUUUUAAACGUUUAUUUGUGGAAGUUUUUGAAAUUUUAUUAAAAUGGUUUGUGAAAAGUGUGAGAAGAAACUUGGAAAAGUAGCAACACCAGACCCAUGGAAAUCUGGAGCACGAAACACAGUUGAAGGUGGAGGAAGAAAAAUCGGAGAAAACAAAGCUUUGACAGCUAAGUCACGAUUCAAUCCCUACACAGCUAAAUUCGAAACCUGCAGGAUAUGUCGGCAAAAAGUCCACCAACUCGGGUCACACUACUGUCAGUCAUGCGCUUACAAAAAAGCCAUUUGCGCCAUGUGCGGUAAAAAAUUAAUGAGCACUAAAAGUUAUAAACAAUCUUCUACAUAAAUUACUUACUUUAUGUAAUUGUAAAAACAAAAUAACAAUUUUAAUGAAUUAAUUUA